AUGGCGAAUCUACAGCAGGAAUACCCUGGGGUCCUUUUGGGGAUCCUGGAGGAACUGGCCAAUAUGCGCCAAUGGCUGACCUUCCAGGACCUUUGUCGCAUGGUCAGCACCCGCUUUGACCUAGAGAACCUCAUCGAGCUCAGGAGUCUGCUGUUUGCUGCUGCCAGCCGGGAUCCCUGUUUCCCAGCCACUCUCUUCAGAGACCGUGUUUCCACCAGAGGCCAGGGGUUAUCACCCAUAGGUGUCGCUGCUGAUAUUGUAACCAUCUUCAAUCUUAUCCAGAUGACGGGCGGGGCCCCUGAUGACGGCCAACCAAUGAGAGCCCAGACGGUCCUCCCUGUUGACCAAUCCCCAGGCCCCAGUUUGCCUGGAAUCCACCAGCUGACCAUCUCUGGCCAAGAAAGAGCACGUGCCCAUUCUGAUUCCAGUAGCAGGUUUAUCGACCAGCACUUGCUGUUUCCAAGACCUAAUUACUCGGCCCGCAAGCGAGCCAGUCUUCCCCCAGAUCCCAUCUCACUAGUGUCCUCCCCUCCAACAAGGGCGAGGGCUGUUUCUUUUGACUUGCCUCACACCACACUUUUGUACUCUAGUGGUCAAAUUCCCAACGAGGUGAUGAAGAAUCUCUACCUGCCUUUGGAGACAGACAGUGAGUCAAGUGGAGAAUCUGCUCAUAUGGAGGUAUUUGACGCUGAGCCAGGAGCAUCUGUUGACCAGAAAAGAAACAUCUUUAGGAAGGACUUCCACAACCAGCCACCUCUAAUACCACAGGUGACCAUUAGCAGUGAAUCUCCAAGUCCCAACAAAGGGCAGAAAGGCUUUGAAAACCACAGCUUUGAAAUCCCCAAUCCUUACCCUUCACCCUCAACAGCCCACCAAUCGCCAGAGCAGCGGGUUAAACACGAGAGCCUUGACGACUUACAGGACUCCACAUACUUUGGACCAGGGUCAAUGACAGAGUGGUCUCCCCGGCACCUCCAGCCUCCUAGAAGCCAGAGGGCCGCCUGGAGCAAUAAGAGUCACAGUCUAGAGGACCGGAUAGGCCUGGGCAGCAUUGGAAUGGGAAUUGAAUCACAAUCACAAUUUCCAAGACGAUCAACCCCUGCUAUAAGCAGUCUGGGAGGAUCUUCAGGAGGUGACAGUGGGGAUAGUGGAUUGCCAGGUGGAGGCGAUGGAGUCAAGGCUCAGGGAACCCAAACAGACACACCGGACCCCAGACGCCUUCGUAGCCUGGUCCAUGCAGACCGCCUCUCUUUCAUGACCUCAUUAGAUGACCCAGAGUUUGGUGAAGAUGACAUCAGUGCCAUCUUUCGUUUCCUAGAUGACAUAAGCAUGUGUGGUUCCACUGGAGUCCUGCACCCCAGUGAUGGAUCCGGGGGCAUUAACCAGGACACCCCUGAGGCCAGACGCGGCCGCCUAGGUCAGCUCCAAAGGCUUUUCCACUCUCUGGAAAGCAGUGAUGAUGGUAUGAAAGCCAGUGUCUGUAAGCUACUGCUCCGUAUGAGCCAGAUAGAACGACAACUGGAGUCACUCAAUGACGUGAAGGCUGAGAUUUCCCAGGUGCUGUCCGCUCUGCAGCGUCUAGAUGAAAAGAUCCAGCAGCCUAUUGGUGGUGGUGGACAAAGCACCAGUGGGAGAUGGCUGGAGCCUCUCAGUGGUGUCUCCUCCUUUAUGAGCCACCCCAUAACCCCUUCUGACUCAUCAGACCCCCAACCUCUGUCCGCAUCUGGGCAUUUGUUUCCAGGGACCAGCACUAGUAGUCUGGACUGGAGCAGAUGGAACACUCCUGGAGAGCAAACAGAAAGCAGCAGAGGUCAGACAGAUUCAAAAGGGGUGAAAGAAGGGAAGAAGGAUGUAGCGUCUCGCCGUGCAUCCAAAACCCAAGUGGAAGAGAAAGGUGUGUCUGAUUCGAAACAGCCAACUGUGUCGAACUCUGCAAGAGACUGGAGAGUGUCAUACUCAAAAAGUAAAGAUAGCAAAUCGUCACAUGGCAAAAGUGGACAGGCAGAUCAAUUAAGUAGCACAACUAACCUACUGCCCCAGAAGUCAUCCAGCCUGGUGGAACAAGUGUUUAACUCAUCCUUGUUCCGCCAAAAAGACAGCAGUCUGACUGGUGGGCUAACAUCUGGGAAGGUUGUGGAGCCCAGAUUGGCUGAAGGGAGAGGAAGGCCCAUCUGGACUGUAGACGACAGAGAGGCACGAAUCUCUCCUUUUGAUUUACAGGGCCAGGAGUCUCUUAACCCCAACAACAUGGAGUUCUGGAUGGACGACAUCUACACUCCAGGCUAUGAUGGUCUACUCAGGCGUAAAGAGGCUGACCUCCGCAAGGCCAGGAUUUGCAAGUUGCUUGCACUCAUUGCCACUGCAGUGAUUAUCAUUCUCAUCAUUGUCAUUCCCAUUUGCACUGUGGGCUCAUGA